AUGUCUAAUCCUCUUAUAUUUUUCCGUCAAAAAAUUCAAGAGAAAAACGUUAAGAAACUCGCGAAAAAGUCUCCUACAGCUCUUCCAAUUGUAUUACAAAAUCCACAGACAGCUAAAAUCGUCCUCCAAUCAAUCAAAAACGAUAACGAAAUGCCCGCGCUACUUUUUGAUUGGAAUAAUUUAGGUUUCAACGGUAACCUUGCAAAUCCAAAUUGUCGUAACGGAGUUGCAGGUCAGACGCAAGCGGCAAUCGCUGCGAACUUGGUUGCAAAUGGAGCAUUGGACUAUGAGAAUCAUGGCAUUCUUUUUGUUUUUCGAAGUGAUGCUGCAAUUGGAGUAUGGACGAGAAACGUUAAAGCCAAUAUACCAUGGGCAAAAUGUCAAACCGGCGUGCCGGACGUUUGUAAUGCGAUAAUCAGAAUUAAUAGGGUAUCUCCAGACACCGGAAAGGUUCAUCUCGAAGAUUUUCUAGUUGUCUUUGAAUAA